AUGAAGAAUCUUAACACGGUUUUCCUCAUGGCUGCAAGCAUCAGCGCAGUGCAGGCACAAACCAAAGCCACUUUCACUCACUAUGGCUCUGGUGACCAAAACGGGUCACCAAACUGUGCCACAGCAGUAAAUGCCUGUGGCGAUCCUUCUCAGUACUCAACGCCUUAUACGGCCGCCCUCAGCCAAAAACAGUUUGGUGUUGGCCCCAAUGAGGGUGCUGGGCCCGCGUGCGGAACUUGCUACCAAUUGACCAUCCAAACCGACACGAGUGGCAAUUCUGUGACUGAGAAUACGAUCAAGGUUGUUGUGAACAACCUCUGCCCCAUAGACGGUAAUCCAAUCUGUGAUGUACCGAAUCAGUACGGAGGGGAGAUUCAUUUUGAUCUGUGCAGCGACACGGGAGCUGCCGCUGCUUUCUUCACUACCUCAGGAGACGGCAUUGGGACAGCAGAACAGGUCGCUUGUUGA